GCGGGGCCCGAGCGACGCCGUUACCUCCCGGGAAGGAGGAGGCGGCGCCGCCAUCAUGAGCUACGGUUAUGGAGACUGGAAUUCGGGCACGAGCAGAGGUUACGAGGGCUACAAUUAUGGCUACGGCUACGGGCAGGAUAACUCGGGGGGGUUCGGCUACGGCGUGGCCGCCGGCAAUUCCUGGGAAAUGGGCAACUCCGACGCCGACGCGGCGCCCGAGAGCGGCGACGGCCUCGGCAAGAUGAGCCAGCGGCCGGACGUGGGAUCCCACCCGGAUUCCGAGGGGAUGCCGGGGGGACGCUACGGAGCCGUCGGGGACAGGUACGACCCCUACGAGUCCUACGACUCGAGGUCCUCCCUGAACGACCGCGACCUGUAUCGGCCUGGCUACGACUACAACGACUACAACGACUACAACGACUACAACGACUACAACGACUACAAUGACUACAACGACUACAACGAUUACAACGAUUACAAUGAUUACAACGAUUACAACGACUACAACGACUACAACGACUACCACGACUACCACGACUACACGGAGUCGGAGCAGGACAACGACGGCGCCUACGAGGGCCCCUACGAGCCCUUCCCCGGGGCCCGGCGGGAGCAGUUCCCGGGCCGGGCGCGGGACGGCUUCGGGCAGCGCGGGCAGGGCUGGGGCCGGGACGGGCGGCCCUCGGGGCCCUUCCCCGGGCGCGGGGCCUGGCACGAGCCCCGCGGGCCCCCCGGCGCCAAACGCCUGCCCUCCCUCUUCUCCCACAACAUCCUGCCCCCCGAGCCCGGGGCCUUCCCCGCCGGCGCCAGGGGCUUCCCCGGCAACGCGCGCUACGGAGGAGGGAUGGUCAGGCAGAGGAUGAAGAGGAGCUGGAAAAUGUGGGAUUGGGAUUUUAAGCUGCAGAGGAAGAAGCUCCGGCGGGAUCCGGGGCCCAGGAAGCGGAAGCAGCCGAGCAGCUCCGAGGAGCCCGACGGAAAAGCCGCCAAGACCGACGGAUCCGACAAUUCCGACUCGGACAACGGUGAGG